CUAGAAACCCCAAGUCCAUAAGAAACAUGGAGUUUAAUAGGAUUGGAAUCCAUAUAGAAUCAGGAAAGACCUAAUGAUUUCUCAUGUAAAAGCUCACACGCACAGAAUCCUCAAUCCUCUGAAAUAGUUUAUUUCAACCUUUCAUAUUCAUCUCAGUUGCUUCCAUCAGUUGCAUUUGUGACCAUUCUGCAAUGCAUUUGCAUGGCUUGAGCAUAUACCCCUGAGAAAUAUUUUCUUCCACUCGGAGGAUUUUUGUCAGUCCUGAGCAAAAGUGUAGUGGUAUAAAUACUUGUGUCUUGUGACUUCAAGAGAUAAAAUAGAUAUAAAACCCUGAUAAUAUUUUCACAUUGGUAUCAAAGACAAAAUUCCGUGGUGUGAACUGUGAAGGUUUCAUUUUCGCAAACCACAACAACAUUUACAUUACCCCAGUGCCUCAAAGGCUCGCCCAUUAUGGGGUAAUGGGGGGUUGAAUGUACGUAGUCUGACCCAUGUGUUCAAAACAUAGAGCGGCUGUUUCCAGGCGACCAUGAUGAGCGUCGAAAGUUGCAUUGACCAACUGCUACUGCACUACUAAAAGAAGCACAGACGGUUUAAAGUGUCAUUUUGGUAAAAGAAGCACAGACGGUUCAAUGUCAUCCUUUUCAUUGUCGCCUUUGAUGUCAUUAGAAAACUUAUGAGACUACCUUCGUAUUAUAAUUACAUAUCCAUACUUUCAUCGAGAAGUAGAAUAUAUAUAAAACUGAUUAUAUUUUCGCUAGAAUUAUCACCGCCAAAAUUUUGCUCACUUGUUGGCAAUUUUAAGUGUUUAUUGCUACACAUAAAAGUAUUUUUGUCCACUCAAAAAGUUAAGUCCAAAGAGUGAUUUUCAAAAUGCACCUCCAUGAGAUAGUUACAACACUCACAUUCUUCAAUUUAUCAUAGUGAGAAUUCGGAUAGUUGGGGUUCUAGUACGAAAUAAAAACACUAGUUACUGUUUUUUAGUUUUGAGACAUUGAUUACCACAUUUCAACUUACUCUUCACUUUAAUGACUAGAACAUUGUUUAUGUAUGCAUUAUGAACAGUUUAGGGCCCCUAUUAACUCUGUGGUUAUCCAGGGGACUUGUUCACACUGAACUGGAGAUUAGUAACUGUUUCUCGAUCUCUGUAUUCUUGGAUUUGUAUGUAUGCAUCUGACAAAUUACUUCUUCCAUUUUCAGAAGCCUGCUUUUUGGAGUAUUCAUCUCUCACAAAGUGUACGAUUUCAAAGACAUGCUCUUGAAUGCAGAUACUAUCCAUUUAGCUGUAAUUCUUUCUUAACACCUAGCCAACCCCCUGACAUUCCAUAUAUAAAGAGUGUUGCUUCAACACUGGCAAGAUCAUAUAAUGGUUUAGACGUUAGAAGUACUGUUUUUAAGCUGAUUCCAGCAGUUGGUACCAUUACUUUUUGUGUAUUGGGUGUGGGACCACUUUUGCGCCUUGGUAGAAAUGUAUUCAUUCAUAAGAGUAACAGCAAUUGGGACAAGAGUGGCACUUAUUUUUUUAUGACCUCUUACCUUCAACCUUUUCUGUUGUGGACUGGAGCAAUGCUACUUUGCAGAGCAUUGGAUCCAAUGAUGCUUCCAACAGAAGCUAGCCAAAUAAUUAAGCAGCACCUUCUAUAUUUUGUCAGAUCACUGUCAACAGUGUUAGCUUUGGCUUAUUGUUUGUCUUGGUAAGAGACCUGUGAUUCUUGCAAUGGAAGUUCAUAGCCUGAGAUGCUGUCAAUUCAUUAGACAUUGUGGUCCGAAGAUAAUGCUUUUUACUUUUUAGACUAAAAUCUUGAAUAUUUACUGCAGUGUAAUUCAGCAGGUGCAAAAGCUUUUCAUGGACACAAUUAGUCCCUCUGAUACUAGAAACGUGGGAUUCCAGUGUGCAGGAACAGCCUUAUACGCUGCCGUAUGGGUUGCUGCAGUGUUAUUGUUUAUUGAAUUGCUAGGUUUCUCUACCAAGAAGUUGCUCACUGUUGGAGGGCUUGGGACAGUGCUACUUACUCUUGCUUGUCGUGAGGUCUUGACCAAUUUCAUUUCAAGUGUAAUGAUCCAUGUGACUCGGCCUUUUGUUGUGAAUGAUGUGAUUCGAACUACGAUUAAAGGCACAGAGGUUUCUGGAGCUGUUGAGCAUGUGGGCUGGUGGUCACCAACAAUUAUAAGAGGUGAAUAUGGGGAAGCUGUUUAUGUUCCAAACCAUCAGUUUACCGCUAAGAUUGUGAGGAAUCUCAGCCACAAAAGCCAUUGGCGUAUCAAAACUUACCUGGCUAUCAGUCAUCUGGAUUUCAGGAAAAUUAAAAAUAUUGUUGCCGACAUGCGGAAAGUUUUGGCAAAGAAUCCUCAGGUAGAACAAAAGAAGUUGCAUAGGAGAGUGUUCCUGGACAACAUUAAUCCAGAUAAUCAGGCUUUGACCAUCCUGGUAUCUUGCUUUGUAAAGACCUCGCGCACUGAAGAGUACCUCUGUGUAAAGGAAGCCAUACUGAUGGAUCUACUGGGAGUUAUUCGACACCACCAAGCUCGAUUGGCCACUCCCAUCCGUACAGUCCAGAGAGUUAGUGACACAGAGCUGCAUAACAUUCCACAUGUUCAUCCUGCUGGCCCCACCAAGCUCGAUCAUCGCGAUAUCUUUCUCAACAGAGACUUCAAGACUACCAAGCAGUCAAAUUCUCAUUCAAAAUCUCCUGAUAUAGAUAAUGUCACGAGAAACCGUAAAGGUAAGAGCAAAAAUUCAUCUGAUGCUGAACAAAAAGGAAUUUACUGGCCAUCCAUUUUAUGAUUGGUGCUCCUUCAUUAAGCAAACAUGCGCUUAAUGUGCCAUGUACAGUUUUUCUCGUAACCAUCAGUUCACCUGCGUAAGCACUUGCUUCUCUCCCCAGCAGUUUUUCCCCCCUUGAACUCAGAUAGAACUUUUUCAAAGUGCUUAGGCUAUGUUUGGAAGGAGGUAGGCUAAAAGCUGUAUAAGUUUAGGUAGCUAAAAGCCGUCUACAAAUGAAUACCACCUUUCCUCUUUUUUUUUUCCCUUUCGAAUAUACAACUUUAUUUUCU